ACUAAAUGAACAGUGGUAUCUGGUGAGCAAGAUCAAGCCUGUUCUGGCUGCCUAGGGCCACAGUGGGCCCCUCUGAGACCCAUCUGUGUUCCCUUGUUAGUCCUCAUGACCUCUGUUAACCAGGCAGCCCAGGAGGCAGCCCAGAAGGCAGACAUCGUUUUCUCAGUGAAGAGCCCACUGAGUGCCAGCUACCUGGUGAUGGUUUCGCCUGGCGCCUUGGCAGAUGAGCCACCCAGCCUGGACCCCAUGCAGAGCUUCUCCCAAGAGGCGGUGGAUGCAGGCAGGAUCCUGUACCUGCACUCCUGCCCUGAGGCCUGGAGCGAUCCCUACUCGCUGGUAGUGGCCUCAGCCUGGGCACUCCCCUCGAUGACAUACUGUAGAGCUGGAGGUGCUGCCCACUGUCAUCCCCACCGGGAGUGCAAAACUUCAGCGUCCCUGAGGGUGGCAGCCACACCUUGGUCCCUCCACUGCUCUGCGUCACCGGGCCCUACUUCCCCACUCUCCCAGGCCUUGGCCUGCAGGUUCUGGAGCCAUCCUGGCAUGGGGCCCUGCAGAAGGAAGAUGGGCCUCAUGCCAAGACCCUCAGCGCCUUCUGCUGGAGAGAGAACUUAUGAUCCCCGUUUUCCACCAGUGGAAGCUGAAGCCCUGAAAGUCAGUCUCCUCCUGCACCCAAAGGCAGGGCAUCUGGGUCCAGACUGCCAGCCCUGGGCCUGCCCCUCGGUGGAAGAGCAGCUGAUCUGCUAUGUGCACGAGGGGAGCGAGAUACUGACAGACAGUUUUGUCCUGAUGGCUAACGUCUCGGAGAUGGACCGCCAGAGCCAUCCUGUGGCCUUCACUGUCACCAUCCUGCCUGUCAAUGGCCAACCCCCCAACCUCACCACAAACUCAGGCCUGCAGCCCCUUCCAGGCACACAUGGAGGGUCUGAAAGGAGACCCCUGUCCCACGAGUGAGACAGAUUAAGGAGCACCGUUGGUCAGCAUUGGGGGUUUCUGGCGGUGAGAACUUGGUGAAGGGUCCGUCCAGCCACUCAGCAGCCAGAGCCUCAGAGGCAGCUCCAGUGCAGGCACCAACCUCCAGCUUCUGCUCUUACUGUGUGGUGCGGAGUCCCCAGCUAGGUCGGCUCUUCCAUGCCCAGCAUGACAGCACAGGGGAGGACCUGGUGAACUUCACUCAGCCAGAGACCACGGAGUUCAUCAUCUUGGAGCUGCUGGCCAGUCUGUACUCAUGUGGGGACCAGAACACACUGGUGGCGCAGUUGGCAGAAGAGGCACAGCGGUGCGACGAGAUGCUGCGCAUGCAUCACAUGCUGAAGGAGGUGCUCACCAUCAUCCGGGACAUCAGCACGACCACCGUCAGCCUGCCCGUGAGCCUGCAUGUGGACGACUCCUGGCUGCAGGUGCAGAGCAUCCUGGACGAAGGCAGAUACCAGGGCCGGCCCCCACGGCCCCGAAGUCCCCCAGCCUGGCCGCCGAGAGGAGUGCCAAGGGGGCAGUGGCAUGGCCCCUCACCAGGGUGGCUCCCACCUGGAGUGAGAGACGGAGCUUGCCAAGGAGCACUGGCUGCGGGGCGGGGUGGAG